AUGGCCAAAGGGGGAGUUGGAUCUCAUCGUUCGUAUCUAUCGGAAAAUACGCAUCAGAUCUUGAUCCACAAAACCUUUGAUCAGAUCCAUGAUCUGCUCCUGUCGAAGGAUUUUGAUGAACGAGCUCUCCUCUUUUGCCCUAUAGACGUCACGUCUACCCCCAAACACAAGAAAAGGGUAAUCUAUUAUAUUAGAUCAGCAAAUCAUGAAAGUUUCUUGAAAGCUCAAGAACUGACAGAAUAUUCAAACAGCUGUACAAUCCUUUCCCAAGAGCAUGAAAGUGAGAUUGUACCUCUUGAUGGGUUACUCUAUUGCUCCAAGUUUCCGUCUUGUUCUCUUUCUUUGUACCUUUGUCUCGUCCUCGUUAUUAUGCUGGCUUCAGAGCUACCUUUUGAGAUUCUUUCCAGAAUUUCAGAUUUCCUAUUUGUAAACGAUCGACUUAAUUGUGUUCUUACUUGCAAGUAUUGGAAAACCCCGUUUCAGCGAUCACUCUGGAAAAGCAUAACAGUCCGUUCGUUGGAGCAUGUGUGCAAGCUUCGCGAUGCCGUGGAGUAUCCGCCAAAUGGGCUUGCGUACGGAUCACUAGUCCAAGACAUAACCUUUCGUAUGCGACUUGGUUUAAUUAUGGUGCAGAUGAAUAAUUUUUUUCAGAUGUUUCCAAACUUAAAGUAUCUUGAUAUGGGACAUAUAUCUUUUGCGCCCCUUCACGCAGUGGUUUCAAAGCACAGUGAUUCAUGGAAGUCGUUAGUAAGCUUGACGUUUCAAUACCCGCCCAGUAGCCGAAAAGUACCAGUGUCAAUCUUUUUUGACAUUCUGACAUAUUUUCCAGGCCUUCAAACGAUAGAUAUAUUUCCACAACAUGAUGGGACAAAGUAUUUUCUUUUUAACUUGGAUAAUUUUAAUACUCUCCACAAAACCUUACCUAAGUUGAAAUCUUUCAAGCUCUUUUUAAAACUCGCUGAUAUCCAAGAACAUGAUAUACAGAUGAUCCUCAAAACGAAACCAGAAUCUUCUAUAAAAACACUCUAUCUCAACUUGGGUCAAUGGGAAGACCUAUGGCUGUACUAUUUAAGCUACAAGUAUCCAAAUCUACGUACUUUGGGGUGGUAUGUCUCAAGUGGAACCACAUCAAUGCCUAUCGGAGACUACAGCGGAAGAGAGGUACUUGUCCAAUCUUCAAUUAAAUGCCACUUUCCCCACCUGGAAACAAUCGAUUUUUGCUCUUCUGAAUAUACCGCAAAGUGGGAUAAUAUUUUCUGGGAUUUGGUUUUCCAGUCAAAUGCUCCAAUCAAGCAUUUAAAAUACAAAAUCGACCAUAGCAACUUUGAAGCGAUUUUCCUAGAAACGAAUAUUCGACAGCUUCUACCAGAACUUUCUAAAACACUUGAAACUCUUGUCGUUGUGGGAUAUAAAACUUUACAAACUCAAGAUAUCGCAAGGCCAGAAUUCUCUUACUGUCCACAUUUGGUGGAAAUCAAGAUCAUAAACUGUAAAGUAUCAAUUGCGUUGGUCAAUCUAUUGGAUAGCUGUAUAGCUCUGAGACGAUUAGAGUUUUGUGGAGGGCAACUGUGUAUUGGUUCAGAUACAGAUACCGAUACAUAUACGGAUGGAAAGCCUAAGAAACAUGGACUCAGAACUUUGGAUUUAAACGAUAUUGUUGCAGACGCUUCUGUAUUCAGCUAUAUUUCCUUUUGGUGCAGAGAUUUGGAGACUAUGGAACUGGCCAAAGCUAGAAUUUAUGGUUCGAAAUCUAACGAAACUAUGGUCCUGAACAUCGACAUGCAAUUUACCAGCUUUAAACUAUUGAGACUUGACCAUGUUAAAUAUUAUUUAUCCGACGAUCUCAUGAAUAAAAAUACUACGAUCAACAUGGUUUUGCUGUCUCAGCUAAGUGGCAUUAAGAAGUCCAAGACAAGCCAAGAAAAUGUGAAUAUAAAAUCUGAUGUGGACCAUCUAGCUUGGUUCCACAUUUUCUCUAAAGUAAACGAUGCAGACAACAAUUCCGCAGAUAUAAAGCAGCUUUCAGAAGAAGAAGCCUUUAAAAUCACCAAGUAUUAUAAUGAUAUCCACCUCAAGUCAAAUAAUGAUGUACAAGAAGCCAAAAGAUAUAUUCAAGGACAGGUUCACAAGGAAGAUUGGCAAGAAGACCUUUCUAGAGGUUACGUCGAGCUGAAGUGUGGCCGUAUAGUUAAAUAUAGUAUACCACUACUUUGA